AUGUUUGGGAGGCAUGGUAGCUACUGCUGCUGCAUAUGCCUGUGCUGCAUCACCUACUUCUUUAUCUUCCUAGCCUUCAUCAUAUUCUGGUUGAUCUUCCUUCCCCAAGAACCCAAGUUCGUCAUCACCGAUGUCUCUCUCACACAAUUCAAUUUCACCAGCACCAACAACACUCUCCACUACAACCUUACCCUCAACAUCAACAUCAGAAACCCUAACAAAAAGGUAGGUAUAGACUAUCGACGCAUCCUAGUCAUUGCCAACUACAGGAAAAAGAGGUUUGCUUUGGUGAGAUUGAAUUCGACACCAUUUUACCAAGGCCACAUGAACACGACAAUUGUGCAUGUAGAUCUUCAAGGGCAGCAAUUGAUGAAGUUUGGGGAAAGUGAUCUUUCCAAGUUUAACUCGGAGACUGCUACCGGGGUGUACAGCAUUGACGUGAAGAUUGCUCUUCGGAUAGGAAUCAGGUUCGGACAGAUGAAGACGGGUUAUUUCAAGAUUCCAAGGAAGCGUGACUGCAAGUUGAAGGUUCCUUUGAGUACUUCAAUUAAUGGAACAGUUUCGAAUGAUUUCAAGACUACUGAUUGUAUGAGUUUUAAAUUUCUUCAAAAUGAACAAAUGUAUAAAAUUCGAGUAUGA